GCCUACAGGCCGCCCCAAAGGGGCGGUCUGUAACGCACCUAAGUCUCCAGGACCAGAUGAGCAUACCCUCUAACCCUGAGACCUCCAAAUCCCAUCUAGCCUACAAAGUUCCCUAGAGACUCUUGGCCCUCGAUGCAGCUGCAGUGUCCUUCAGCAUUGCCCCACUUGCACUGGGCUGGAUGCCACCCUUACAGCCUGUCUUUUUCUCUCUGAUCUGACAGGUUCAUGCAGGUGAAGUUCGGCUGUGUCCGACUGAGAGAACCCAACAACGAUAAGAAGCAGCAUCCAGAGCCCCGUUUGUGCCCGGCAUACUUAGUCCUGCAGUACAGCGAGGAGCUAGACCAGCUGGUGAUCACCGAAUUGAACUGCAACCACAUCCAUCUGGAGGCCAAGGCACUCUCUGACUCUAAACCUUCCCCUCUGGCCAGACUGGCAGCCAGGAUGGCUGCCUUUAAAGCCUGUGGCAGCCCUCCGCCCAAGCUGCGCAGAGAGGAGCCCGCAGGGGUGGAAGCCUGUAAUAUGGAGGCUGACCUGGGCAUGAAGGUCAAAGUGGAGAGCGAUGAGAGCAUGACCCUUGAAGUGGAUUCUGAGGAACUUCUGCCUGCUUCCCCUCUCAAGCAGCUGGAAGUCCCUCAGACAGAGAAAAAUGGCAGCUCUAACUCUACUCUGACCCGAGUUGCUGAAGUGAUGAAAAACUUCCUGCGAGUGGACGCAGGCUCUUUGGCCUCCAUCACCAUGAGCAACGACCAGGACCUGAAGCUGCUGAACUUCCAGACCAGCAAAAUGAAGAGCUUGUUUGUCAAGUUCCCCGAGAGCCUCUUGCUGCAUCAGGUGCUGAGCGAGAGGGGCCACAUACUGUAUGCUUUCCUGGUGGAGAGCAAGGACCGGGUGGGGAAGCUGGUACACUUUGCCAUUCUGAAGGAAGACACGGAGGAGCACGUGCACAAAAUGCUUUCCUCCUUCAGGGAAUUUAACCCAGAGGCGCAGAAGAUCAAGGUGGUCUUUGUGGACAUGUCUUUCCUCCACCAUGGUGUCUUGCAGGAGCUCUUCCCCUCAGCGCAGGUGCUCCUCUCCGUCUACCACACUGUGCGGCUCCUGGAAAAGAAGCUGAAGGAAUCCCGCACCUCUUUCUCUUUUAGAAACAACUUGAAAGUGGCUUUGAGGGAGGCUGUCUUCUCCACCUCCAACACAAACCUGGACACCCUGUCUCGGCUCGUGAAGCGCCUGGUAGACCCAGAGUUGUACGAGUACCUUCAUACCCACUGGUUCUCCUGCGAGAUGCUGUGGUACAUGCAUGCCAAGAAGGGUCUCCACUCCUGCAGCACGUACAUAGACAGCUUGGAUCUUAUAACUCAGAAACUGUCAAACCUCUUUACCACACAACUGUCCCUGGAGACAAGCAUCCUUCGCUUUAUGGAGUACGCCGACUGCUUCAACACCAAAGGCCUAGAGAACCUGAACCAGGGUUUCUCCAACCUGGAGGAGGACAGCCCCAGCAGCCUCAUAGAGGAGCUGAAAAUCCAGACCCGGGCCUCUGUGAAGCACAGCUCCAGCACUGCAUCUCAGCACCUGCCGGUCAAAGUGGCCACAGAGAUUCCCAAGCAGUCCACAAGGCAUAGUCCAGCCAAGCCUGUGGCCACCAUGCUGGCCGCUGUGCAGGAGACUUGCACUGACCUCGCUUAUCAGCUGUGUCUGAAUGAGUGGGAUGUGGUACAGAAGUCCACCCAGCUCAUGCAUUCCACCAGGCACAAGACUGCGGUUCAACUGCUGGAGGACACGCACCAGGUCAGCAAAGGAGGUAGGAGCUGCAGCUGCUACUUCUACUGCCGUUACCAGUUGCCCUGCCGGCACAUUUUGUCUGUGCUCCUGGCUAAGCGACAGGUUGUGGAGGAAGCCAUGGUGGCCAAGCGUUGGCAGAAGAAAUACCAACACUUGUCCAUCUUGGGGGAGAACUUGCUGGAGUAUCCUGGGCACCCCAAAGGCACCCCGGAGCCCCAAGCAACAGCAGAGUCAGAGGAGCGACAGGACAAGAUCCAAUCUAUCAGCAAGGAGCUUGGCAACCUGCUGCUGCAGAGUGACGGGGAGGAACUGGAGGAGCGUAGCGCCACCCUCAAGAUGAUUGUGAGCAUCUGGACUAAAUGUUCUGAGCUGCAAGAAGAAGAGGAGGUGGUGGCAGCAGCAGGGAAGUCCCUUAACAUCCGGAAUGUGGGGGACCUCCCCUUCCUCUGGGUGAAGAAGGAAGAGAUGGAAGAAAUAGAA